AUGCCUCCAGGUUUAGCUGUCAGCGAUAACGAGGACGACUCGGAACAGGAGCUCGCGGCCCCUGUCAAGAAGACGGUUCGCGAAAAGAAGCCCGUGGCGUACACCGACGAGCAGGACGACGAGGUUGAUGAGCCGCUACUAACCACCUCCGAUAAGAACGGAGAUGCAGGAGAUAGCGAUGGAGAUGACGAAGAGUUGGAGGAGGAGGAAUAUGUUGUUGAAAAGAUCAUGUCGCAUAUGAUCGACGCCCAGGGCAAACUCCUCUUUGAGGUUAAGUGGGAGGGGUAUGAGAAGAAGUCAGAUCGGACGUGGGAGCCCGAGGAAAACUUCGCGGAGAGCGCGUCUCUAGCCCUUGAGGAGUAUUUUCGAAGUGCCGGAGGCCGCGGCAAGGUCUUUAAGAGCACGGCGAAUCCACUUAAGGGAAAAAAGCGCGGAAGACAAUCCACAGGAACGCCUGCCGCGACUGGGAAGCGGUCAAAGAAGAACGGAGAACAACACCCUGCGGACGAAGACACACCUCUGACUGCGAAGAACGUACAAUGGAAACCCCCAGCAGGAAGCUGGGAGGACCACAUCGCGCAACUGGAUGCCUGCGAAGACGAGGACACGCACAAGCUGAUGGUCUACCUGACCUGGAAGAACGGACACAAGACGCAGCACGAGACGAGCGUAAUCUAUAACCGGUGCCCCCAGAAGAUGUUACAAUUCUACGAACGCCACGUACGAAUCAUCAAGAGAGAUGAUCAGACGUAG